GUAAUUUAUAGGUUAAGUCAGCGGCUGAGAAAAAGAAAACAAUUUUUGAAAAUCGAAUAUAAUCGAAAAUGUCCAUUAGAAAAUGGAAACCGGUGAAAUUAGAAGGAGGAUUUCUAAACGAAAAUUUAUCGGAUUUAAUUGGAAUUGAAGAAUUAACUGAUUAUUAUCUGGGAGAAUUUGAUACAGAGAAAUCCGAUAAUUUUGAACCUAAGAAAAAAUCUAAAAAACGAAAAGUAUCAGAAUCAGAUUUCAUCGAAGUAGAUUUUAAUAAUGAUGAUAAAAAAUCUAAAAAAGUGAAAAAAAAAUCAAAGAAAAAUGAAAAUAAUAAUGAAGAAGUUUCUAUUCCUGGAAAAUUUGUCCUUCUGCCGAAAAAUAAAAAACCAAAAAAACAAAAAGCUGUUAAACAAAAAACUGAAGUUGGAAGUAAAUUAACAAAAUUUGAAAAAUGUCCAAUGAAUGAAAUGCAAGCAUGGUUAAAUUAUGGAUUACCUGACGAGUUAAUUCAAGCGAUAGCUGAUCUUGGAUUUAGAACUCCUACACAAAUUCAAGACUUAACUCUUAAACCAGCUAUUCUUGGUCGACGAGAUAUUCUGGGGGCUGCAGAAACUGGUAGUGGUAAAACUUUAGCGUUUGGAUUACCAAUAAUUACUAGAAUUUUAGAAUUAAAAAAUCAAAAUCAGAACAGCGAUACCGAUAGUGGUUUUGAUAAAGAUUUCGAUAAUGAAGAAAAUAAAUCAAAUGAUGAUAAAUUAAGCAACGUUAAUGAAUCCGAAGUAUUCUAUGAAGAUGACUCCGAUGAAUUGAGUUGGGAAGAUGAUGAUGAAAAUACGGAAAAUCCACCUAAAAAUAUUCCAGCUUUAAAUAAAUCUUUAGCACCUUUAUAUGCGUUAAUUUUAACUCCAACCCGGGAAUUAGCGAUACAAGUUAAAAACCAUCUAAUAGCGAUCACAAAAUACACAAACAUUCGUGUAGCAGCUAUUGUUGGAGGUAUGGCCGCUGUAAAACAAGAACGUGUAUUAAGUAAAUGUCCCGAAAUAGUUGUCGCAACACCAGGACGUUUAUGGGAAUUAAUACAGGAUGGUAAUCCACAUUUAUCAAAAAUCGAUAAUAUUAAAUAUUUUGCAAUUGAUGAAACUGAUCGAAUGAUUGAACGGGGUCAUUUUCAUGAAUUACAUAAUUUAUUAGAACGAAUUAAUGCCAAUGAAUUAGCGAAGAAAACACGACAAAAUUUUGUUUUUUCUGCAACGUUAACGUUGGUUCAUGAUUUACCGAAACAUUUGUUAACUAAGAAAAAAUUGGGUAAAGGUAGAAAUAUUUUGAAAUUAACACCAGGGCAGAAAAUUCAACGUCUUAUUGAUAUGGUUGGUAUGACGAAUCCAAAAGUUGUGGAUAUUUCAAGAGAAACUGGAACUGCUGCAUCAUUAACAGAAUGCCGUAUAACUUGUCCCAUUGAGGAGAAAGAUUAUUAUUUAUACUAUUUUUUAAAACGACAUCCUGGUCGUACAUUAGUUUUCUGUAAUUCAAUCGGAUGCGUUAAACGAUUAACUACUUUAUUUAAUUUACUAAAAUGUGAACCGAUACCGUUACAUGCCAGUAUUCAACAACGGCAACGUCUUAAGAAUUUAGAAAGGUUUCGUGACAAUGAAAAUGCAAUUUUAGUUGCAACUGAUGUGGCUGCACGUGGUUUAGAUAUUCCAGAAGUUCAACAUGUUAUUCAUUAUCAAGUGCCUCGAACAGCCGAGAAUUAUGUUCAUCGAUCUGGUCGAACAGCACGUGCUAUGUCUGAAGGAAUUGCUAUUUUGAUAAUGGAACCUACAGAAUUAAGAACGUAUAUCAAACUUUGUCAUACUCUAGGAAAAACCGAAGACUUGCCACUUUUCCCAGUAGAGGAUAAAAUGUUAUCAGCUGUAAAACAACGUGUAAAUUUAGCACGAGAUCUUGAUAAAUUAGAAUUACAAACACGACGAGCCAACUCUGAAACAGGUUGGUUGCAGAAAGCUAUUGAAGAAAUGGAUAUUAUAGUUGACGAUAGGGAUGCACCGGGUCACUCUUACGACGUAGAAACAAUAUCGAAACAAAAACGAGAAGCACAUAUAAAACGUAAACAAUUAGACAGUUUGUUAUCACAACCAGUUUUUCCAAAAGGUUUUAGUUUUAAAUAUCCUUCAUUAAAUAUAAAUCAAAUAAAAGAUAAAUCAGAUGAAAAUGCAAUUAGUGUAAUGAAAUCCGCUAUGGAAAAUUAUGCACGAUCCGGUAAAAAUAAACUUGGUUCAUUAAUGCAAAAAAUGAAAAAACCACCAAAAGAUAUUAAACGGGAACGUAAAUUAUUUAAACAACGCAAGAAGGAUGCUAAGAAAAAGGAGAAAAAGAAAUUACAGAAAAAGAAAGCAGAAGAAGCUGCAAAUAAUGAUGAAUAA